UGUAUUUAUGACUAAUCAUAUCAUAUCUCCUGGGAAUUACAAUAUCCAAUUCAUUUCCAGAAUUGCUUUGUUUACCGAUUACAAUGGUUGCUGUGUUCAACAAAGAGCUCCUGAGUUGGUAUCUAAUCACACUUAAACUCAGGGAAACUGUGGAAUCUGGAAUUCCCAGAUCAUCUACAGGGACCACCAGAUCUCUUGAGUUGCCAGAUGAUUGUGAACAACAACAGCAUCAGCACAAACAGCAAUCUGAUUCCUUGCAGACCCCGAUCAAUGAAGAUGUCGAAAAUUGCGGAGAGUUCGACCCUUCGCCGGAAUUGGAGUGGAUUAUAUCAAUCCAAGAAAAGCUGGAUCAGGCACGGCAAGAUGAUGCAGCAGGUUCCUGGGAAAGGUUGAGCAUCUAUAGAGUCCCUCACUAUCUAAGAGAAGGUGACGUCAAAUCUUAUGUGCCUCAAAUUGUUUCUUUGGGACCUUACCAUCAUGGCAAGAAGCGCCUACGCCAAAUGGAUCAGCACAAGUGGCGCUCUCUUCACCGUGUUUUGAAGCGUACAAACAUAGAGAUACAGGUGUAUCUUGAUUCCAUGAAGGAAUUUGAAGACAGGGCUCGAGUUUGUUAUGAAGGAACCAUCACUCUUGGCAGCAACGAGUUUGUGGAAAUAUUGGUUCUUGAUGGCUGCUUUGCGCUUGAGCUCUUCCAAGGCGCUGCUGUCGGAUUCGAACGUCUUGGCUACGCCAGAAACGAUCCGGUUUUCGCAAUGCGAGGCUCGAUGCAUGCUAUUCAUAGAGAUAUGAUAAUGUUGGAGAAUCAGCUUCCUCUGUUUGUGCUUGAUAGGCUGCUGGGGAUUCAGCUUGGUGAGCCUGACAAGAAGGGUAAGGUUGCAAAAUUGGCUAUAAGAUUCUUCGACCCUUUAAUGCCGACGGAUGAGCCAAUAACUAAGAGUGAGAUGAACAAAUUGGGAUCCUCUCUGAGGCAUACAGACAGCUUUGACCCUUUUUCCGAUCUCGGCGGCCUUCAUUGCCUUGAUGUUUUCAGAAGAAGUCUCUUAAGCUCAGGAGCCAAACCGAAACCUCGAGUUUGGCUCAGGAAAAGAUCGAACUCAUUGCGCAGGCAGCAGUUAAUCCAUUGCGUAUCGGAGCUCAGAGAGGCCUGCAUUAAGUUCAGGAAAAGGAAGACCGAUCGGUUCUGGGACAUAAAGUUCAAGAACGGCAUUCUACGCAUUCCUCGCCUCUUGAUACAUGAUGGAACCAAGUCCCUUUUCCUCAACCUGAUAGCAUUUGAGCAAUGCCAUCUUGAUUGCAGCAAUGAUAUCACUUCCUAUGUGAUAUUCAUGGAUAACUUAAUCAACUCAAAUGAAGAUGUGGGAUACCUCCAUUACUUUGGCAUCAUCGAGCAUUGGCUCGGCAGUGAUGUGGAAGUUGCCGACCUUUUCAACCGCCUCUGUUCAGAGGUUGUUUUCGAUAUCAACAACAAUUAUCUUUCCCAUUUGUCUGAAGAUGUGAACAGAUACCACAACGAUAGGUGGAACGCUUGGCGUGCGGCCUUGAGACACAGAUACUUCAACAAUCCUUGGGCCAUCGUCUCAUUGUUUGCUGCUUGUAUCUUGCUGGUGCUUACUUUUGCUCAGACAUUUUAUGGUGUUUAUGGAUAUUACAGGCCAAAUUCCUGAAUAAACAGUAAGGCUCCUCUUGUCUUCUCUCUAUUCUGUUUGAAAAAGGUUG